UUAUCCCAUCUCCAUAGAUACCCCAUCCCCCGGACCCUCAAUUCUGAACCUGCCUAGUGUCGUUUGUUAGUACUGGGUAAACGUGUGGCACAACACGCGCCGAAACCUUUCUCUGAAGUUGUGCAUUUCUCCUGCACCAUUGAGCCACUGCCCCUUGUCUUCAAGCUGCCAAAUCCCCCCCCUCACCCCCAAGAUGCGCGACUUUCCAUUGUUUGAAGACCGUGUCUUUCAACAGAACCGGGUUCGGGGUGGGGCCUGGCGAGAAAGCGGACGCGGACGUGAUUUUGACACACAGAGCAUCCAGACCAACGUGACCAGAGGGGGCCUCAAGAUAUGGCCCGGGCGGGUCCGCCAAUGCAGCCACCGCCUUCUUCGACUGCAUGCGUAACCUCCAGGUCCACGUCGAGACCAUGAUCACCAGAUUCCAUGAUUUAUACGCACGAAAGGACCGCACUCCCGAAGCCAAUAGACUGAACGAGCAGUCGAUAAAGUUCCUCUGCGAACACGGAUACGAUGGCGAUCGCAUUGGAGCAGCCCUGCACUUGCUUACCGAGACAUACAGGAGAUGCGAACUCCCACAAGCAGCCGAGGCGGAGCAGAGUUUGAUGGACUGGUGGGAAUACAUUCGUCAUCAUCGUUCUCCGAACCGUAAUCCCUGCUCCGGCGAGGUGAAAUACGAGGAGGACAAGGCCGAAAAGGCCAAAGCAGCGGCCCUGGAACUCUGGGACAACUACAACAUGCUGUUGGAAGACUCGGGUCGUUGGCUCGACACUUACCUCGCUGAAGCUGGUGCGCGGGAAACUGAGGCGCACAUGAACCUGCGGAUCCAGGCACUUAAUGCUGUCGACAAGGAGUUUGCUCUAGGGACCAACUUGCGCGAAAACAGCGCGUAUUUUGACAACAGACGCUCGAUCCCAAGCCACCGCCGCCGGACCCUCAUAUCCAAUUCUCGCCUCCGCAAAGACAAGCUCGACUUUGAUAACAUGGGUCACUUUGAAGCGCGUAAAGCAGACAAGGACCGGAUCAUGGAGAUCUUCAAUCAGUUCCGGAUAGAUACAAGAGUCAUGGGUGAGUCGAGCAAAGACCACCAGACCGCCACAGCAAUCAUCGACACCGGGGACGAAGGUCCAAACAUCGUCGCAUUAGGUUUCUUGUCUAAGCUGAAGCUCGAGAAAAUCAUUGAGACGGAUCGAUCAAGAGACGGCGAGAGAGUCACUGAUGCUAGUGGCAACGAGUUUCAGCCCUUGGGCUGGGUCGAACUAUACUUCAAGUUUGAGGAUAUCCCAGGGGGCUGGCAUUCCAGCCUGUUCUGGGUAGUCAACGUCCAGGACUACGACCUCAUUAUCGGCAUGCCUUGUCUUCUACAGGAUAACAUCAAGAGUAAAGUCAUCGCGCCACUGGUUCCCAACCAAUCACAGAAGAAGAAGGACAAAGACAAACCCCAAACCCCAGAUGACCGGGAUAUGCGAGACAAGCGGGAAAGAUCCGAGAAACGAAGGAAAGAGAUUAGAAAAGGGGACCUUGGGUAUUGGAAAGCGUCUAGUAGCAAUGGCAGCAACAACAACAACAACAACAACAACAACAACAACAACAACAGCGGUGGUGGUUCAAAUUCAACUAUCGCUCUUCUCACCCAAAGACGGCGCAAGACGGGCACCCAGCCACAUACACUGGAAGACUUGUUGGAGGAGGAAGCGGAAACGUUCAAUCCACCGCCUUCCCUUGCCGGGCCAAGCGCCAUUACUAGUAGCAACCAGUCCUACAGCAGCAAGCUCAAACAAAGCUCCCCCGGACCACCAGCGACACUUGCAGCCUCGCGAGAAGCACCCGUUAUCCUUCGGCUCGACGGCAAAACAGAGCCCAUCAAGUCAAACUGGGCCGAUGAGAUGGCGAGCGUCGAGCCAAACUCUAUGUCCACCUCCUACGGCAAACUAGACGGGACCAAGACGCCGGCCAAGAGCCCAUCGAGCAACGCCGACCUAGACGCGUUAACUAACGGUGCGUCAUCAGCAUCGGGGCUGUUUCUAGGCCCCGUUCCGCUGCCUGUGGAACUCCCUGCGAGGCCGAAAAACGUGAUAGAGUUGAUAGAGACGUGGCAGACGGUGGGGAGUCGGAAGAAUAGGAGGAGGAAUCGAGGUAGUGGAAUGGGCUCUUCCGGGGCGUUGAGAAGCGUGCCGGACGGGAUAGGCGGGUAGUUAGUGGCCGAAUGUCAAAAUUGUAGCGCUAAUUAGUGCUGUCUAGAUAGGUCCCUCCUUUUGGAUUCUCUAUGAUCUAAUUAGCAAUCUCGCCC